AUGGCCACUCAAUGGGUAGGUGCAAGAUGCCCUUUCACUCCUUCAAAUGGCGCAUACCUCCAAGAAUUGGAAAGUCUGAAUGACCGACAGAAUGCUCUUCAGAUCUCUUCUCCUCUCAAACGCAAAAUAACAGAACCUGAAGUUGACGGUGUGGGGAAUGGCAAGCCACGCAUUUCCCUCUCCCCAAAACGAUAUAAACAUCUUGGUACUCCAAGCAGAGAAGAUUUGAAGGGCCUCAAUUCAUCUUUCAUUCAUUUCCCAAGAACACCAACAGCCCAAAUCACAUUCCCUGGACCAAAAAUUCCUUCUCAACAUUCCAUGUCCAGUCAAAAACUAUUGGCGCCUAAUUCCCCACGAGUUGAACACACCAUAAAUAGCCCUGAGUGCAAGAAUUAUGCGAAGGCAAAUAAAAAUAUGGAUAAGCCAUACUCUCCCCGUAUUGACAUGCUCAUGACCUCUACUUCGAACCAAAUGCGCAUCGGUGGUAAUCCUACUCCUCGAUCGACUAAGAAGAAAAAACUCCAGUACUUUGAUAUUUACCAAGAUGACGAUACCAUGCUAGAAACAAAUAUAAUAGAUCAAGAUACAUGCGAUUCUUGCUGCAGUACUGACGAGAAAGGAAACGUAGAAGAUGUUGAUGCAAAGGGGAAGGAAAAUAUACCACCUAACAACGAUAUUGCGCUUAAUGCCGCUCGAGUCCAACAUUACCUCCGCAGUGAAAAUAAUGCGAUGAAGAAGCGUAGAGCAUUCUCAAAGAUUGCGUCUAAAGCAGGUCGUGCUCCUCUUGUAAAUCUUGAUUUGGAAAGAUUUAUUGUCCCGAGCAGUUUCAAUUAUACUGGAAAUGCGAGACCAGUAUCUGAAGUUGGCUCAUACGAUUGUAUUGAUAAAGCUACAUUAGCUCUCAACAAAGCUCUUAUUGAUGGCUAG